UAGAUAAGACGUGGGUGGUUAAGGAAGAUUAUUUAUUAAUCAUCUCCCUCAGCUGACAUAUAAGCUCUCAACUGGAGGCGGGUCGUUCAGUCCAGCUCAAGCUUCCUCUGCCUCACUUCCUCGGACCAAGUUCAAACAUGGCGUGUAUCGUGCACAGUUGUUGCUGCGGAUGCACACUCCGUACUGGGUCUCUCGUCAUAGCCAUCCUGAGUCUGAUUGGCUGCAUAUUCAACAUCGUCAGCAAUAUCCUCAGCGGGUUAGCAGGUUUCCCGGCAGCAUGGGGCGCGGUGGCUGUCAAUGUUGUUGGUUUGCUCAUUACUGUCAUGCUGUUGGUCGGCAUUCAGAAGAACAACCGAAGCCUGGUCAUGGCCUGGGUCUGGAUCAACGCCAUCCUCAUGGUCAUCAACAUCGGCCUUUCUAUCGCUAUCAUGGCCCUGGGAGCGAUCGCCGUCGGAGUGGUCGCCCUCAUCUUCUGCGCUCUCUCUGUCUACUUCAUCGUCGUUGUCUAUUCGUUCGCGAUGGUGGAUCUCCAAGGCGUCGGGAACAUGGCUUGAGGCGACCGGGAGGAAGGGAAGAUGAAGGCAACAGCACCUGCACGACUUCAGUAAUUCUGGAUGUGGAAGAGAUGGGCGCGCAAAGAUGUAGUUGUUUGUUACUGAUGAGUGCUAGUGCGUUGGAAAUUCGUUUUUUUUUUCUUGAUACUUGUAAUUAUCAUUGUUAUGUAUGUAGAAUUAAGAAUGUAUGGUACAAUGACUUUUUUAAUAUUUUGGCUAUAAUAAAUAGUUUGGACUGAAAAGUUGUAGAGAGAAGAAUAACUUUAAGGUGAACUACCAUUUCUGGAGGAAAUAAUGUUGUUUCCAACUUAUCCGAAUACAAAUUUAUACUUCGGAUGAAAUAAUAUAUCUCUUGUAUUCAUGUUAAGUAGAAAUAAUUACUAGGAAUGAAGUACGUCAUGGAAGGGAAAGGAAAGAGGUAGACUGAGGAAGCUAUGAAUAUUUGCUUUAGAAAUAAGAUGAAGGUUUGAAGAAAUUUAGUACAAAGGAUCAAACGACAGAGAAAACGAAGACAAAAACUGAUUAUGAAUACUUCGGCAUUUUGAUGUUUUCUUAAGCCCGUGUGAGUUAAAAGCUUUUACACUGAAUUCAGACUGAAACGAUACUGCAUCUCUGACAUGAUAUGGAAUGGUAAGAUUAUCUUUUUUUAUAAGUGAUUAUUCCAAUAAAUACGACAUUCAAAUCUGAAUGGCAACUUUU